AUGCUACGAGGGAUACCAGCGACCGCUCCACACAGCCGCGGCAACGAAGUCGGCGCCCCCCAAAACCUCCCCCUAAACGUGCACUACAACCAGCCAGUGCGUAACCAUGUAUGGCGCAGCAAGCGACGAACAUGGACGCGCGCGCAGCUGGACCGUGAGCGCACCGAGUUCUUCGAGACGCGCGUUACCGGCAGGCCGGAGAUCUGGGCUGCUCUUUCGACGGUGAUAUCACUGAUUCGAGGCGGUGACUUGGUUACUGCACAGAGUAUUAUUGAUGCCGCGGGAAUUACUAUUCCCACCGGAGAUCUUUGUGAAGGUUGCUAUGAUGAGCAGGGUGUGCUUUACAGAGUUCCGCAAUGUGUUGUUAGUGAUCCGGAGAACAUAGUUCUUUCGUCUUCACGGACGGCUAGUGAAGAUGGUGGUCCUGCUGGAUACGAGGAGGAGCCGGAUACUGGGACGUUGUCGGAUGGUAAGCUCGCUACGGAUGAUGCUUCCGGGGACGAGUUGAUUUCUCAGGAUCUUGAACGUCGCCGUGAUGAGAAGGGGAAGACGAGUGAGCGGGAUUUGAUCCGUGUAUUUGCUCGUUUGAGUGAUCGUGGAGGUCCUGAUAUUGUGCUUUCUAUUGGUAAGGAUCAGACUGUGGGACUUUUGGCGAGGAAGGUGCAUCAAGAAGCUAAGCUUGAGGAUGAUAGACGUGUUCGAAUCGCUUACCUGGGUCACUUGCUGAAUGAGCGUGCAUCGCUCGUUGAUCAGGGGUGGAAGACUGGGCAUGUUGUCAAUGCUUUGGUCGUUUCCCCCGUUGAUGAUCUAGGCCUUGGACACCAAUCCUAG